UGAUUUGGAGGAAAUGCCAAAAGAGAAGUGGUUGUGAGGGUGUGUGGACACUCUAGCACUCCUGUGUAAUCGUGGGUAGAGGCCAAGGAUGUGGAUGGAAGUUGGGUUACUCCUACAAUGCACAAUGCACAAGACAGUCCCAAGCACAAAACAUUUAAUCUGUCCCCAGCAGUCUAAAUAAUGCCCAGGCUGGGAAUGAAUUAAACAAGGUGAUAUCUUGAGGUCCGCUAUUACCUGGUCUCACAGGCUUAGCUAGCUCAGGAGACAUUUUUGAGUGUCUGGGCGCUUAAAAAAGGAGGCAUUACGACUCGCGGUUGUUGUGUAAGCUAGCAAGUUUUCUCCUUUAGUCUCUCACUGGGUGCUGUACUCAGCACAGGUGCCUUAGAUGUCAGGCUUCAUGGACGAUAUCUGCUUUGUUAAACAGUGAUCUUAUCAACAGAGAAGGUAUCAAGGAGAGACAGGAUGGCCACCUGUCAGGGACGUGGAGGAGGUGCCCCGCCUUGGGGGCGGGAGUGGGUAUGGGUCGUGGCUCCCCCGGGAUGAAGGAGGUCCCAUUUGGGCCGUGGGCCUCGUCACCUGCCAGCCCUGAGUGCCUUGCUAUCCGGUGCCAACUUGGAGACUUUCCUGUGAGUUUCGCUCGCAGGCUCCGGGCGGCCACAGUCCGUGCUGUCCUCGACCCCGGCACCGCCCGCCGCCAGGCCCGGCCCUAGGGGCGCGGCCCGGCUUCCGCGCGCCCCAGGGGGCUCCCUGCUACGAGCAGCCACGGCCGAAUGGCUUCUGACAAAAAACCCUUGACCACCAAGGCCGGCCUCUUCCUGCGAGCCCCGCGCGCUGCGAUCCAGGAAGUGGAAGGCAGCGGCCCCGCGCUUCCCCACUGGGCGCGCGGCUGGCGGCGGCGCCCAGCCCGGCCCUCGGCGAGGGACAGCGCCAGCGCCACGCGGAGGUCGCUGCGUCCCCAAUCGCCUGCCCCACGAUGCGACGCGCCGAAGCGCCCUCGAGCGCCCACCCUGCCGGUCCUAUUCCAGAUGCUGGCAAAGGAGAGGGAGAGGAAGAUGAGGAGAAAGACGGCACGAGGCUUGGUCUGUCAACCACCCCGAGGAACUGCAUCCCACGCCGGGGCAUCAGUGUCCUGGAGAAGCUGGUGAAGACCUGCCCUGUGUGGCUGCAGCUAGGUCUAGGCCAGGCAGAGGCUGCCAAGAUCCUGCAGCAGGAGAUGGCUGGGUACUGUACCUGGAAGGCUCAGUUCUUGUGUUUGAGGACAUCUUCAGACUGAUUGCGUUCUACUGUGUCAGUAGAGACUUACUGCCCUUCACUCUACGGCUGCCCCAGGCCAUCCUCGAAGCUAGCAGCUUCCUUGAACUUGAGACCAUCUCCAACCUGGGCCUGGGUUUCUGGGACUCCUCGCUGAACUCAAGAGGCUCUGCAGAGCCACUCAGAAGCCCAGCCCCUGGGACCCCUGCAUCCUCCAGCCUCCGGCCUACAACCCAUUACGCAAAUUGUUCCUGUGAAAUCGAGCUCUCCGUGGGAAAUGACCGCCUGUGGUUUGUGAAUCCUAUUUUCAUCGAGGACUGCAUCCUACCGGCUGAUCCACCUCCACUGCCUACUGGCAGCUACCCUCCACGCCCUACGCCUGCCACCCCGGAUGCUACCUCACCCACCUCCAAGGGAUCCCCACGUCGCCCCCCACCUCCACCCCCGUUACCCACUGUUCCUCCUACUGGCCCUGCACGGCCUCUUGCGCCUCCUGUACCGCCUGCUGGCCCUUUGCCCAACUCCCCCCUAACGCCCACCUCUCACCUUGCACCCCAUGCACCGGGCCCCCCUGGCCACUCAAACCAACCACCCAUGACAGCCUGCGAGAGUCUCCCUCGCCCAGCUGUAGGCCUGGGCCCCUUUGGAGAAGAAGAGAUGAAACCUGGGACAACUCCCAAUCCCUUGCACCAAGCCCCUCCCCCUCCAUUACCCCUGAAGAAGGCUCUUCCAGCAGCCCCUCCCAGGAGGCGCAUUUCUGAGAGGGUAUCUCUGGAAAGCCAGAAUGUGGGGACUUCAACAGACAGGGACCACUCAGGCAUUUCUAGGACAGCAUCACUCAACCUUCCUCCCCAGAGCACCGUAAGUAGCCUUGGGGACAGGCCUCCAAGGACCACGGAGCAAAGCCAGGACACAGAGGCCAAAGCCAGCCAUGCUGACAGCAUACCAGUGCCUCCUGGGAAGGCCAAACAACCCCCAGUACCACCCCCAAGGAAGAAGCGGGUCUCCCGGCAGCUGGCCUCAACCCUUCUCAGUCCCUUGGAGAGCCCCAUACAGGAGGCAUCCUCUGAGAAACAGGCGACUGGUGCAUCUUGGGAAGGCUUGAGUCCUGUCCGGCAAGCUGGCAUGCAGCACCUCCAAGUUCAGUCCAGCAGCUGUCCCCAAAGCUCUCCAGAGUUCAAGGGUUCCCAGGCCUCACUCUCAGACAGCCUGGGGGUGCCUGCCUCGGCCGCUGACCAGGACUCCUACUCAACCAGCAGUGCAGAGGAGGAGCUGGAGUUCAGCAGCCCCAACGUGAAGAAGAAACCCUCAAUGAUCCUGGACAAGGCCCGCCACCGCCUCAGCUUCGUCAGCUUCGCCAGCGUCUUCCAUGCCUUCCUCUCCAGCGACCGCAAACUGUAUAAGAAGGUGGUGGAGCUGGCACAGGACAAGAGCUCCUACUUCGGCAGCCUGGUGCAGGACUACAAGGUGUACAGCCUGGAGAUGAUGGCCCGCCAGACAUCCAGCACUGAGAUGCUGCAGGAGAUCCGUACCAUGAUGACCCAGCUCAAGAGCUACCUGCUACAGAGCACUGAACUCAAAGCCUUGGUGGAACCCACCCUGCACUCGGAGGAGGAACUCGAGGCCAUAGUGGAGUCAGCCUUGUACAAGUGUGUCUUGAAGCCCCUGAAGGAGGCCAUCAACUCCAGCCUGCUGGAGAUCCACAGCCGGGAUGGCUCACUGCAGCAGCUCAAGGAGAACCAGCUAGUGGUCCUGGCCACCACCACCACCGACCUGGGUGUGACCACCAGCGUGCCUGAGGUGGCUGUCAUGGAGAAGAUCCUGCAGAAGCUGACCAGCAUGCACAAAGCCUACUCACCAGGGAAGAAAAUCUCCAUCUUGCUGAAGACCUGCAAGCUCAUCUAUGACUCCAUGGCUCUUGGCAACCCAGGGAAGCCCUACGGGGCCGACGACUUCCUGCCUGUGCUCAUGUACGUGCUGGCCCGCAGCAACCUCACUGAGAUGCUCCUCAACGUGGAGUACAUGAUGGAGCUCAUGGACCCCGCCCUGCAGUUAGGAGAGGGUUCCUACUAUCUGACCACCACCUACGGAGCCCUGGAGCACAUUAAAAACUAUGACAAGAUCACAGUGACCCGACAGCUGAGCGUGGAGGUGCAGGACUCCAUCCAUCGCUGGGAACGCAGGCGCACGCUCAACAAAGCGCGGGCCUCCCGCUCCUCUGUGCAGGACUUCAUCUGUGUGUCCUACCUGAAGCCCGAGCAGCAGUCACGGACACUGGCGUCACGGGCAGACACAGCAGCCCAGGCACUGUGUGCACAGUGCGCUGAGAAGUUUGAGGUGUCACAGCCCCAAGACUACCGGCUCUUCGUGCUGGUGGACGGGCGCUGCUUCCAGCUGGCCGACGAGGCUCUGCCGCAUCGCAUCAAGGGUUAUCUGCUUCGGAGCGAGCCCAAACGAGACUUCCACUUCGUGUACCGGCCCCAGGACAGCGGCAAGGAUGCUUCAAGCCAGCCCUGUAUAGUAGUGCGGGAACCCAACUUCCUAUAAGCUGUGGUGGCAGGAUCUCCUGAGAGGAGGCUAGAGGGAUUGGGACUGGGCUCUCAUUGGCCGCUCUCCUUAACCACACAUCCCUGCCAUCUAGGUGCCUGUGUCAGUCACACUGGUGUAACGCCCACUGAGCAUGCCUAAGCCAAUCAGGUAGAGUCAUUGCCUGAGGCACCAAGUUCUUAGUUGGAUGUAAGGGAAACCAAGGCUCAGGUGGAAGAGGCUCUUGCCAGCUGCAGCAAACAAGCCCAACCCUGCUCACACCAGGUUCCUCAGGCAAUUCUCCUGGUCCUGUCUCACCUCCUAGCCCCCAUCUUUAGUCUUUCCUGAGAAGAGCUCACUUUCCCCAGGACUGGCUAAUGAAGGGGUUCCUGGCCCCAGCUGCUCCCUGACCCUCGGGGAUGGAGCUGAGAUGUUCCACCACAACCCAAGAUCUAAGAGUAUUGUUUUGAAGAGACAGCCCUGCACCGCAUCCCUGCCUCAGAAUUUGCCUUCAGCUACCAGAGUGCCUAGUACAACGGGGCUCCUGAGCUCCACUGGAAGCAACCAAGCCAGCUCCAGGGACACAUGGACAAGUUCAACCAAUGCCAUAAAAUUGGGAGUGGGAGGGUCAUUAAAGGCCUGUUCUGUGAUGGAAACACCACAGGUCAUCAGUGUUGAUGAGAUGCACUAUGGGGGGGGGGGGUUAAUAAAAACCCUUUUGCAAAAGCUAACUUCCCUGAAGGAGCCAGAGUUCUGCUCACCAGUCCAGGACCUGUUGAUUCUCCACCACCCUUGGUUCCCAGCAUCCCAGGCUCUAGACGACUUCUAGAACCACCUCUCCUACCGUUUGCUCUUGGGAAUUCCAAUCCUCUUGACCUUCGCCUGGUUAGCUCUCAUAUGCAUCCUUCAAAGCCCACCUCCAGGAAGUCUUCCUUGACUCCCGGUGUGAGUCAUGUACAAGACAGCUGGUCAGGCCAAUCAGGUUUAAUUAAUGCACUUUUUAAAAAAUUAUUUAUUUAUUAUAUAUUUGUACACUGUAGUUAUCUUCAGAUAUCCCAGAAGAAGGCAUCAGAUCUCAUUAUAGAUGGUUGUGAGCCACAAUAUGGUUGCUUGGAUUUGAACUCAUGACCUGGAAAAGCAGUCCGUGCUCUUAACCACUGAACCAUCUCUCCAGCCCAUUAAUGCCCUCUUUUUUUUUUUUUUUUUUUUUUUUUUUUUUUUUUUUGAGACAGGUUCCCACAAGUAAGCCCUCAAGCUCAUUAUGUAACCCAGGAUAGCCUUGAGGAUACAGAGCAGUGAUUCUAAACCUUCCUAAUGCCACGACCUUUAACUCAUGCUCUGGUGACUCCCCACCACCACCACCACCCCCACCACCACCAUAAAAUAAUUUUCAUUGCUACUUCAGAACAGUCAUUUUGCUACUGUCAUGAAUCACAGUGUUCAUAAGCUGUUUUGCAAUAGUCUUAGGCAGCCCCCGGAAAAGGGUCACUCACCACCUCAUUGAAAACCGCUGAUCUAGAACCUUCUAGGGCUGCUGGGAUUACAGGUGUGCACCAUCACGGCCAGUUUGUAUGGUGAUGGAGCCCAGGGCUGCUGGGAUUACAGGUGUGCACCAUCACGGCCAGUUUGUAUGGUGAUGGAGCCCAGGGCUGCAUGCCCAAGCAAGCUUUAUCAUCAGCCCUAAUGCUGCCUUUCAUCUUUGCUUUCUCAAUGCCCAUCUAGCUAUAUGACUCUCUCUCUUCACAGCUUUAAGACAUGGCCUUGCAAUGCUGCCCCAGCUACCUCUGAACUCCUAGACUCAGCAAUCCUCCUGCCUCAGUUUCAUACAUACCAUUCAUGCCUGUCUUUUACAACGUGAGACUUAACUCACAUGCUGCUUAAUUGUCCUGGUUAAAACAUAUAAUCUAACCUCCUGGGCAGCUGAAAAUCUGCAUGGAAUUCGGUGGCUUAUUUUACUUUUAAUUAUGUUCAUGUGUGUCAGGGGUAUGAACAGGUGCGUGUAGUACCUAUGGAGACCAGAAGAGGGCCUCAGAAGCCUCUGGAGCUGAAGCUACAGGGUUGUGAGCCAUUCCAGGUGUGAGGAACCCAACUCCAGGUCCUCUGCAAGUGCAGUUUGAGCUCUUAACCAUGAGCCAUCACCCCACCUCCACAGCAUAUAACAUGUGACACCCUCGAAAUACAUAACUAGUAACAGCUAGCUGUUGGCCUUAUCACUAAUAGUCUAUAGCAUACGCUUAGGGGUUUGGGUUUUUUUUGUUUUGUUUUGUUUUUUAAUGGUUUCUUAUGUGACUGUUUUGCCUAGAUGUAUGUCUGUCCACCACAUAUGUGUAUGGUGCCUGUGGAGGCCAGACAAGAGCAUUGGUUCCCUGGAACUGGAGUUAAACACAGUUGUGAGCCACCAUGUAGCUGCUUGGAAAUCGACCCUGGGUCCUCUAGAACAUCCAGCGCUCUUAACCUAGGCUCAGUGGAGUGAGCCUAGGUUCUAUGUGUUAAAAUUGGUGAAAGGGGUGAAAUGUGUAAGAAAUCACUCCUCCCUGGGCAUGAAACCACCUGGAGACUGAUAGCAAAAGAGCUGUUUCUGCAGCUAGGAUGCAACAUUC